AUGAGAAACACAACUAAUAUAAGAGAGUGGGAGAAUGCACGGGAGGAGUUAAGAACUUCAAGUACUGGCAUAUACACUAUUGAUGAAGUGGUGUGUUCUCGUUUGAAGUUGAGCUAUUUAAAACUAAAGGAUGAUACAAGGCGGUCGUGCUUUCUAUAUUGUUCCUUAUACCCAAGAGGUCACCUAAUUGAUGAGAAUGAAUUGAUUAAUUAUUGGGUAUGGGAAGAUUUAUUGGAAGGUCGAAGCACGUCUGUGAUGAAACGAAAGGGGCAAAUGAUUAUAGAUGAACUAAUAUCAGGAUGCUUGCUGGAAUCAAAGAUUGAAAAUGGGGUGAGAUUUGUUAAAUUGCAUGAUGUGGUAAGAGACAUGGCAAUCACAAUCAUGAGUACAAAGCCUAAAUGCGUUGUGAAUGCUGGCAUGAAACAAGUAAAACCAGCAAUACCUCAGGAAUGGAGAGAGGAUAUUCAAUGGGUAUCGUUGAUGAGAAAUGAUGUGAAAUCUAUAGACUUCAGUCCAACGUGUCCUAGACUCACUUCUUUGCUACUUCAAUACAACUCAUUUGAAGACAACAUAUCACACCACUUCUUUGACAACAUGCAUGGGCUAAAAGUUCUUAAUCUCUCAUAUACUGGAAUUCAUGUUUUGCCGGUGUCUUUUUCGAAUUUGGAAAAUCUACAUUCCUUGUUGUUGAGUCACUGUUGGAAUCUUGUUGAAGUUCCAUCUUUAGAAAGGCUCACUAAAUUGAAGCAUUUAGAUUUUUCAUUUUCUAGAGGUUUAACAAAACUUCCACUAGGGACGGAACAAUUGACUGAUUUGAGACACUUGGAUUUCUCCUUCACGUCUGUCCAAAACUUACCUGCUGGACUCAUAUCCAAAUUUACUCUUCUGGAGGGCUUGUUGAUGUUGGGUUCGCAUAUGAUUGGGGUAUCAUCUAAGAGUGCAGAACGCACCUUGUAUCCAGUGAAAGUGGAAGAAAUCAUGUCCUGUCGUAAUCUGUCUCUUCUACACAUGCAAUUCCUUGACAUUGAAGCAUAUCGAAAAUUUGCUAAAUUUUUGAAGCAUUCUCUGUUAAAGGAGUUGAAGCUUGUUGUCAGGGUUUUUGGCGACGUUCCAGAAUUAUCUGAGAAAAUUAGUUUGGCAAUACAUGGGGGAGACAAAAAAAGCGACAUUUCAGUAGCCGAGAGUACUGCAUUGAUUCCACGAAUUGUAGAGGAAUUAAUAAUUUCUUCUUUUUUUGGUAUGAAAUGCUUGUCUUCGUACUUAUUGGAUGCAAUGUACUUGAAAAGGUGCCAAUUAUAUGGGUGUCCUGACUUGGAAUGCAUUGUUGAAUCAGAGGAGAAUAAUCUGUCCGGGCUAGAGACAAUGAAUCUAUAUUGUUUGCGAAGGUUGAGGAUGAUCUGUGGGAAAGUGGUGAGACCAUGUACUCUAAUGAACCUCAAGAGUAUUCAUGCGUCAUACUGUGAUUCGUUGAAAUGUCUAUUCCCAAGGCAGCUCAUGGACGAGCUUAAAAGUCUGGAAGAAAUUGCCAUCAGAUGGUGCCCCAAGAUGGAAGCAAUUAUUGAAGGAGAGAGGAAUGUAAACGCUGAAAGCAGCAGCCAUGCUGCCAAAGUGAUCCUUCCAAAAUUGCAAAGGUUGAAAUUGAAGGAGUUGCCAAGACUGAAAAGCAUAUACAAAGGGGACAUUGAAUGCAAUUCUCUGCGCACUAUUGAAGUUGAGGACUGCGAUGCUCUGAAUAAGUUGCCUCCGGGUUUGUUUGGAGCAGAGGCUGGUCAGCAAAUCUCACCAUCAGCCACCCUCCAACAAAUAACAUGUACAUACACAUGGUGGCAAUCAUUGCAGUGGGACCAACCUGAAGCUAAGAUUCUCCUUCAACCAUACUUAGUCAAUUACUUCAACAGUAAUGUGGCAGGGAGACAUGCAGGGACAAGAUUUUGAGUCCGAGCACCAGCUAUACUGCCGUCAGCAGCAGUUAUACUGCCUUCAGCGGCAGUUAGAUACCUGAAGACAGUAACAGUAUACGAAGGGAGGCAUGGAGCUAGCCGCACAAUAUCUUGAUCUGAUUCCACGAAUAUUGUUAAUUUAUUGUUAAUGUUGAUUUUUUCUUAUUAAUGAAGUUUGAUGUUUGGUAAAGAAAACAUAGUUAGUUUUGUUUGAUCUGAAUGAUUUCAAAGCUACCUUAUUUCUUUUCAAGAUUUGUAUUGAACGCAUAUGCUUUCAUGAAUGA